GGAAACUGAAGGCACGCUGUUGUCUCUCAUUGUGCGAUACACUAGACGAGAGCUGAGUGUUGAUAGAGCGAAGCAAGAGACGGGAUCAUUUUAUAAAGAAUAACAUUACCGUGAGACACAGGAUAGAAAGAAGAAGCUGCUCUUUAAUGUAAUACUUAAAUGGAUAUAACACGGGAGAUGUAUCAGGCUGACAUACAUAUCAUGGAGGAAAGGACCAUAAAUGUUAAAAAGGAGGACUGUGAGUGUGAGCCUGUCCACCCUGAACAGGAGAGUCUGGGCAUUAAGGAUGAGGACUGUGAACUGGGGUCAGUGGACAUUAAAGAAGAGGCUGAAGAGACGUCUGUCAGCAGUGCGACUGACAUCCAUACAAAUGUGGAGAGUGUCAAGGAAGACGACCUUCAUUACGAACAUCAAGAUGAUGCAGUGACUGCAUUAACCUCUUGUGAAAGCACACACUCUUCAUCUCUGGCGUCGUCUGUCAAUGUGAAGUCUGAAUCAUUACAGUCUAACACAGAGGAGAAUGAAGAAAAUUCAUCUCUUACAACUUGGAAAGAUCAGCCGGUGCUUUCAAAGAAGUCUAGAAAAACUGGCUCAGAAGGUAGGGGUUCACAUGUGACAACUCCAGAGCAUUCCAAACAAGGACAGUUGACUGAAAGAAGUAAAAGAGACGGAAUCGAGUAUGGCUGUUCUUCUGAAUGUGGUAAACAAAUCCAUAAAAGGAGUACACUUGGGAGCAUUCACGCAGGAGAGAAGCCAUACUGCUGUUCUGAAUGUGUCAAGCAGUUUUCACAUAGAAACUACCUUCCGAUCCACAAAAUGAAUGAAAUGGCAGAGAAGCCAUAUUGCUGUUCUGAAUGUGGUAAACGGUUUUCAAGAGGAAGCAACCUUAAGAGCCACAAAAGAAUGCAUACUGGUGAGAAACCAUAUUGUUGCUCUGAAUGUGGUAAACAAUUCUAUCGCAAGAGUGGUCUUCAGAGCCACAAAAGCAUUCAUAUAGGAGAGAAGCCGUAUGACUGUAAUACAUGUGACAAACGGUUUUCACAAAGAAGGACUCUUCAGCUCCACCAAAGAAUUCACACAGGAGAGAGGCCGUUUUGCUGUAAUAAAUGUGGCAAACAGUUUUCGCAAAGAACCUACCUUCAGAGCCACCAAAGAAUUCACACAGGGGAGAAGCCAUAUUGCUGUUCUGAAUGUGGCAAACAGUUUUCACAAAGAGGCCAUCUUCACACCCACAAAAGACUUCACACAGGGGAGAAGCCGUACUGCUGUUCUAAAUGUGGCAAACAGUUUUCACAAAGAAGCUAUCUUCAGAGUCACCAAAGAAUUCACACAGGAGAGAAGUCCUAUUGCUGUUCUGAAUGUGGCAAACAGUUUUCACAAAGAAGCUACCUUCAGAGUCACCAGAGAAUUCACACAGGAGAGAAACCGUAUUCCUGUUCUGAUUGUGGCAAACAGUUUUUACAAAGAAGGAAACUUCAGCUCCACCAAAGAAUUCACACAGGAGAGAAACCGUAUUGUUGCUCUGAAUGUGGCAAACAGUUUUCACAAAGGAACUACCUUCAGAUCCACCAAAGAAUCCACACAGGAGAGAAGCCAUAUAGCUGUUCUGAAUGUGGCAAACAGUUUUUACGAAAAAGGAAUCUUCAGGUUCACCAAAGAAUUCACACAGGAGAGAGGCCAUUUUGCUGUAAUCAAUGUGGUAAACAGUACCCUUCUAUAGGCAGUCUGAAGAGACACUCUACACUUCACAUGAGAGCAAAGCCUUGAAGGAGAAAAUUGUCAGGUGAAGAAGGAACAAAUGUAUCCCUCUUAACUACUCAAUACUUGAUAAGUACAUUUAGGUGGUGGGCUUAAUUGGAUGAGAUCCAUACCCUGCCUUAUUAAGGUAAACUUACAGUUAAAAAAAUAAAAACAAAUCCAAGAAAUUAAUUCAUUCUGUGCACUUGUCUCCUCGCUUACAAUGGUACCAACCCUCUGCUCUGUUGGACAAAGUGGGCAUUGCCCGUUCUACGCUUGUUAAGGAAGAUUUAACAGACAUGCAGGCAUCCAGCUUCACCUCCACCCACUUCCAUUCCAAACUAAGUGACUGAACUCCAGCUUGUACCAGGAUCUCCCUGGACUUCUUCUGAUAACAAAGGUGUAAUUUAAUGUUGAGCUAAGUCCUUUUCCAGAUGUCCGUCUGCAGGAUUAUUGAGUCAGAAGGCACAAAAUAAAGUCGAGUAAGAACAAAGCUCUAAAUCAUUGAAUUCUGACUCUGAUUUUGACGGACAGAAGAACUUGCUGUGAGGACACACUAAUUUACUAACUGGAAGUAACAUUAAUACAGUCAGUCCCUUCAAACUAGUCACACUCGUCCCAUUCAAAAUACUCUCUGGACACUCUCACUGAAUUCCCUGGAGAUACUCUUAGGGGAGGUGGAACUCGCCAAAAUGACUGAAAACCUCUGAAACCUGCUCCCUGAAAGUAAAAGCUAAUGAGCCGUUAUCUGUUUGGGGAGCUAAAAACUGGCAACCUAUUUCUCCGUGCAUCAGAAAUUGAGAAGUAUCUCUGCCAAGCCAAGCUGUGGGCCAUUGGGCUGAAAGGGCUGGGAAACAGCCGUCACUUCAAGAAGGCUACUCCAGCAUCUAAGCUCUUGUGCCAGAAACAGUAACGCAUUUUAUUAAAUUGCAGAUGACACAAAAAAGCAGCAUCAGCAAACACCACGAACUAAGAAUCACACAGUAAAGAGGAUGUGUGCACUCCAACGCAAGAAGAAUUCUCCACUUGAACCCGGAGCAGUAACGACUCCAAAGAACAUCGGACAUCACCUUUAAAGAUUUUUUUUUUUUUAUCGUAUCUGUGCCCCAAUAAAUUAGAACUCUAAAUAGCAAUUAAACAGCUAGCCUCUCUGCAUUAUAUUUUUGUCAGAAACAGAAAUGUUUCACUCUGUUACUAAUAUUCUAAUGAUGAAUCAUUCUGACCUGGGAAUGCUGAGAAUUUCAAUGAUGGGGGGACAAAUGUCUGCCAGCAUGAUCCAUUCCUGGACACCACAAACUGGAUCUGCUAUUCAGGUUUCAAUGUAUUUAAAUAGUGGGUAGCACUGCUGCCUCGCAGUUAGGAGACCUGGGUUCACUUUCUGGGUCCUCCCUGCGUGGAGUUUGCAUGUUCUCCCCGUGUCUGCAUGGGUUUCCUCCCACAAUCCAAAGACAUGCAGGUUACGUGCAUUGACAAUCCUAAAUUGUCACUAGUGUGGGCUUGUGUCCUGCGGUGGGCUGGCACCUUGCCCGGGGUUUGUUUCCUGCCUUGCGCCCUGUGUUAGCUGGGAUUGGCUCCAGCAGACCCCCGUGACCCUGUAGUUAGGAUAUAGAGAGCUGGAUAAUGGAAGGAUGAAUAUAUUUAAAUAUGAACAAGUGUCUGACCAGCACACUGCCACCUACAGGCCUGUUCUCGAAUGGCAGCAUCUCUCAUCAUCCAAGCCAGACACUGUUAUGUGUGUUUGGUGGGGGGUUAUUGCUUACUUUAAAACUUUACAGAUGCUCAAGAAUAUAAAUAUUAGUUUCUCCUUUGGAACAAGUAAUAACUUUACAUAGCAUCUUAUUGUACUUUUACAUGCAACUCAAGGUGUUUUUCGCAGAGUAAUCAACAAAAACAAUAAAGAUAUACAAUAGCUACUUGGA